UACGCUAUCGUUACAUGACUUGCGUGUUUUAUUUUAAUACGCACACACACAAAACGAGUAAUUUUACAAAAGAGUUCUCCCACCAAACCUACUUCCGUUGCCAAGACGAACACGUAAAUAGUUAUUUCAUUUCACUUGAUUUGCUAAAAUCAAUGUACAAAGCUGAACUUAAUGCAGGCGUAGGCAUUCUAACUAGCCAACCUUUUAACUUUAAUUUUUACCUAACUUUUUUAUGACUGACUUUUUAUGUUUUGUACAAUAUUAUUCUGAACUCGUAUAAAACAAUAAUAUCAGACACUUUCCAUAGCCAAACAAGGACAUUGCUAUUGGAAUUUGGAUAGGCGCACUAUAUUUUAAAGCGUCUGAUAAAAGUAUUGGCCCACGGAAAGCGUCUGAUUUUUAUUAGUUACCUUUCUCACCCGGUCCCUUCGCAGGUGCCACCGAGCAAGCUCCAUAAACAUUCAAAUGUUAAAAAGUAGGUACCCAAGGCACAAGGUUCUACUGAGAAGCGGCAGUUGUAUUUCUUUUUAUGGAAUAGGAGGCAAACAAGCAAACGAGUCACCUGAUGGUAAGCGAUCAGCGCCGCCCAUGGACACCCGCAACACCAGAGGACUAACAGGUGCGUUGCCGGCCUUUUUUUAAAAAAGAGUAUGAUUCGGAAAAUAAGUUGUGUCUUACGGCUCUAGUAUCUUGCACUACCACUUAAUCUAUUAUAAAAGCAAGAGCAAAUGAAUGUUAGGAGGAUUUAUAAUAAUAAGCCUUUAUCCCGAACUGCUUUCUUCUUUUCUUAGUAAUGUGGGUGUCUAUUUGGGUAUAAAAUAUCUUUGAGUUCAGUGUGCCUCUUGGCAAAGGCCUCCUCUAACAAUUCCAUUUAUUUUCCUCGAAUAUUCGUCAGUUUAUGGUUAACGAUUUUCAGUAUUAACUUACAUAAAUAAAAUACAAGUGGUGUUUUGUGUGCGAGUGAGCGUUUGUUACAAAUAGUUGCCUACCUUUCGUAAAUUCGUAAUUGCUCGAAAUGUGUUCUCGAAAAGUUUGGAACUAUUCUACGGUGAACAAUGGACUAAGUAAAAAAAGCAGUGUGUAAUGACAACAGUCAAUAGAUAGACUAUACAAUAUAUUUUAUAAUACUUAGAACAUUUAAAACAGCAGUUAGGUAAAUAUAAUAUACGAGUAAAGCGUAUGGCGAGAAACAGUAAUUACUUGUCAAUAAGUAAUAAAAUAGUGCAUAUAAAAUUAUGAGCAUGUUGGAAAGUACCCACCAACAUUACUGUUGAUUUUCAUUUGCUAAUGCUUAAUCAAUCUUUUAUAACAAUACGGUGUGCACCAUCGCCCUCCGGUCCGAAGUAAAUGCUCAUGCAGCAGAGGUGCAACAUAAACACACAUAACAUGCGAAUGACAUUCGAGCUGCGGGAGCCGCCGAGUCAACACCUCCUGAGGAUGCUCCGUGGAGGAGCGAAACAUAUGUCGAGUCGUAUAUUGCAUGGUAUGUGUAGGUAAAUGCUGCAUGAGCGUUUAAUUGCGGGCGGGAGGGAUGGACGGACGGAUGCUGCACGCCGCAUGUUAAUAAAUAGGUACGUAUAUGUAUAAGCGGAAUUAAAACUAAAAAUCUUACUGUAUUGUUAGUGUAGCAUGGAUUUCCGCAAAGUAUACAGGAUGACUGGUGAGAUACCUUUAAUAUCUGAGGACGUAAUAGUAUGCGAACAUAUAUCAUGAAAUAAAAUAACAUAAAAACGAAAUAUUAAAUAAUUUCUUUGUAAACUUCGUACACAGUACACCGAGAGUUCAGUCACGGUAUUUACUCGGAAUUUUGCCGAAUCCUUGGACACCGCGCCAGCGCGGACGCACGGGUCGCGCAGCGCUCUAUCAACACAGAAUACAUAGGUACCUACACUGUACAGCUGUUGCCUACCUACAUCGAGACCUAUCCUAACGAGAAUCCAGUACCGAGUACUCUCCAUAAGUACAAGGUGUAUUGACGGUCAAGGUCAGGUAUAAAUCUUUUCAGUUUGUGAAUAAAAUCGAUUUAUUCUUGUAUAUAGAUUGUAUCGAUACUAAUUAAAUCGAUGCUUUUACACGAUUUUAUCUCUACCAAAUCUCUAGUGAAACUUCAAUUGAAAUAGGUACAUUAUCACAAGUACCACUACUUACACAGUACUAAGACAUAGAUCUGACCGUGUAGUAACUACAGUCUACUACUAGACUACUACUACACUGUAGUAGGUAGCUAAGUUUUGUUGUUUGUUGAAGUGUGUAUGACAAGCCAUAAACAGGUCUGCUGUGACGAAAAUAAGAUUUUAAGACUCUAAUAGAUAACCGCGUGAUAAUGGUCUGCCAUUGUUGUUUUCCGAUAAGUAAUAAUAAGUAGACUAUUUUCAAAUUUCCAAACGUCUUACUUGCGCACUCGCCGCGUCCACCACUCUGGGCUUAGCUACUGCCCAUCUCAGGCUUAGUAGUUAUACGGGUGUCGAUGCACAAAAUCCCAGGUCUGGUCAAAUACAUACAGGUAGCUUUUCACUAGCUCUUAAGCUAUAUAUUUGUAUCCUCCAAGAGUGUAAGCAGUGGUGUAAGGUACCGUGAUGUAGGUAACAGUGGGGGGGGGGGGCAGCCGUCACGCCGGCCGCGCAGUCCGCGCGAGUGCCUGCAGGUAACGGCACGUUCCGCCGCCGCUACAGUACGUCAUUAUCUCACGCUUUACUUUUACUGUGUAUAUAACUACUGUCCUUUGAAAUCGGUGUUUGUUGUUUUGUUUGUAGUUUAAAUAAUGCAAAUAAUUAGGUACAGUUGCUAAUAAUUGAUACCGAGUCACAGCAGCUAUACACCACUCGGUAGCCGUGCGCGCAACUAUGGCAUUCGUCGCGAUGUGUGACCUGGAUCAGCUGACGUGACAUGAAUUGUAUAUCAGGCAUGUAACGUUUGUUACUGCUUAACUUAAACUUAGCUUCGGUACGGUAUCGUUAAGUGUUCAGUACCCGCAGUAGGAUACCCCGUCUCACCGGAGCAUGCACUCUUACGCAGACAAGCCAGGAUCUGAACCCUAGUGAAAUGCGAGGAGGGGGGGCGCCACGUAAUGCGUGAUGAGGAAGUUCAUGCGGCCGCGCGCUGACCCAGCGCCCCCACCAGCGCCCUCGCCAGUGCCAUCUCCAGCGCAGUUGCCGCCAGAGCUCAGUCCGAAGAGCAAUGGACACGUCAACGGCGACGCGGCGCUGCACGCCGACCGGCCCGCCUCGCGCUCGGGGUGGCGCGGCGCGGGCGCACUGUUCCAGGACGACGCGUUCCCGGCCCGCCCGGCCUGGCCGCGCCCGCACGACGUGUGCUCGCGGCCGAGGUUCCGGGGCGACGACGGCGCGGGCGGGGCGGAUCCGGGCGGGCUGGGCGGGGCGGGGCCGGGCGGACUGGGCGACGGCGACAGGUGGGCGGGGCGCGGGGGGCGCGCGGCGCUGGCGGCGGCGGCGGGCGCGCUGGCGCUGACGCCGCGCCUGCUGGACCGCGCCGUGCCGCCGCACUCCUUCCGCCGCCACUACGCGGGCGCCUUCAGGUUCCAGUUCUGGGUGUUCGGCUCGUGGCGCGAGGUGGUGGUGGACGACAGGCUGCCGGGCGCGCCCCGCGCCCAGCGCUGCGCCCCCGACUGCUGCCACGACUUCACGCUGCCGCUGCUGGAGAAAGCAUACGCCAAGCUGUACGGCUCGUACGCGGCGCUGCGCGACGUCAGCGUGGCAUGCGCGCUGCAAGAGCUAUCCGGCGGCGUCGUGCAGAGCUUCUCGCUGCGCACGCAGCCGCGGGCGCUGACGCUGCAGCUGCUGCAGGCUGCCGCGCCGCGCUCCUCGCUGCUGGUGGCGCACGGGCUGCGGGCGGCGCGGGGGCGCGGGGGCGCGGGCGCCGUGCGCGCCUACGUGCUGGCGGGGAUGGCGCGCGUCCGCGGCGCCACGCUAGUGUUGCGGCUGCGGGCCCCCGCCGGCGGCCCGUUGCCCGGGGCCUGGGCCCCCGGCAGCGCUGCAUGGGCUGCGCUGGCGCCGCACGAUCGCGACCUUCUGGCGCCCCGCGCUGACUCAGCUGACGACUUCUGGAUAUCAUUCGAUGAUUUCGUGGACACGUUCGAUCAGUUGGAGCUGGUGCACGUGGGGCCGGACGACUGGCUGCGGGAGCCGGCGCUGCGGGCGCUGCGCCCCUGGCGGGCCGUGCUGGCGCGGCGCCGCUGGCGGGCCGGGUACAACGCCGGCGGCCCGCCGCGCUGCGAGACUGCGGGCGCCAACCCUCAGUUCCUGGUGCAGAUCCCGCAGUCGGAGGGCGAGGACGCGGGCAAGUGUCACGUGGUGCUGGCGCUGACGCAGCAGUACGAGCCCGGCCAGCGCCGCGGCCUGCGCGCCGUGGGCUUCGCGCUGUACGCGCUGCGGCCGGGCGCGCCCAGCCCGCCCGGCCCGCCCGGCCCGCCCGGACCGCCCGGACGGCCGCUGGACGCCGCGCACCACGGCCGCGCGCGCCACGUGGUGGCCUACUGCGCGCUGGCGCCCGGCCGCUACCUGGUCGUGCCGCACGCGCGCCGCGCGCACGACGAGGGCGCCUUCCUGCUGCGCGUGCUCACGGACCGGCCCGCCGACGUCUGGGAGGCCAACGACGACAACCUCAUCGUGCGCGACGUGGCCGCCGACCUGCGCGACGCGGCGGGCGCCCCGCGCGGCCCGGCCGGCGCCGAGCUGGACGCGGGGGCGCUGCGCCGCGCCCUGCGCCCCCACUGGCGCCGCGUGCUGUGCGCGCCGCCGUCGCUGGAGCUGUGCAGGGCGCUGGUGGCGCUGCGCGACGCCGCGCUGGAGGGCGCCAUGCGCGCGGCCGAGCUGCCGGCGCUGCUGGCGCUGCUGGCGGCGUGGCGCGCGGCGUGGGCGCGCGCGGCGGGCGCGGCGCGGUGCGGGGGCGCGGGGGCGCACGUCGUCGUACCGGCUGCGCGCGCUGCUGCGCGAGGCGGGCGUGUCGGCGUCCAACAAGGUGCGCGAGGCGCUGGUGCUGCGGUGGGCGCGCGGCGCGCGGCUAGAGCAGGAGGCCUACGUCAUGGCGCUGGCGCGGCUGCACGUGGCGCACGAGCGGUUCCGCAGUCUGGACUCGCGCCUCAAGUGUAACCCGGUGUCCCUGGAAGAGAUGAUCCUGAUGACGAUCUACUCGUGACACGAAUGAGACGACCACAACUCCGUGACCAAAGAUUACGAAUCCGAUCCAAACAGUACAAAGCUCGAGUGGGCGCGCAGUAUGUGAUAUAGCUGGUGGUUGGACCAGUCGGUGCUGCAGUCGGCGGACCGCGCCCCACUCCGCGGCUGUUGCACUAUGUUCUAUAAUCAUGUAAUUGUAUUGUUUUGUUAAUGGCCUCGUUCUCGUUAGCACUUUGUUAAUAUUAUUUAAUUUAUAUUCGCGUCAAAUAUGUAUAAUUAUUAAUCUAUUUAUUGAAGAAUAAAGUUAAUUGUGACGAGUAUUGGCGUAAACGUUUA